AUGGGAAAUGAUGGUGGAAGUAUUCCUACUCGACGCGAGCUCGUCAAAGAGGUUGCGCGAAAUCCCACCGCAACCGAGUUGAAAGACCGACAGCAAGAGCAUCUAGCCCAUAGAUGGUCUAUCUGUCCCCUUUCAAAUACACCGCUUGUCAAGCCAAUUGUAUCAGACCAUGCGGGGAAUCUUUACAACAAGGAUGCCAUUAUCCAGUUCCUCCUUCCUGCCGAAGUCAGCGCUAUCGACAAGGAUGAGUACGAGAGAUUCAUUCAAGGGAGAGUCAAGAGCCUGAAAGACGUCGUUGAAGUACAAUUCGAGGUUGAUCAGGAUGAGGAGAGCAAGGAAAGCCGCUGGGUGUGCCCGAUCACCUCCAAGCAGUUGGGUCCAAGCGUGAAAGCUGUCUACAUUGUGCCCUGUGGCCAUGCUUUCUCUCAAGAAGCCAUCAAGGAAAUGAAGAGUGAUGGCAAAUGUGUUCAAUGCGGCACGGCUUACGAAGAGCGAGACAUCGUUCCAAUUUUGGCAAGCACUGAAAAGGAUAAGGCACAGCUUAUUGAACGAGUCGAGCUCCUGAGGGCUCUUGGUCUGACCCACGCCCUCAAAAAGGCCAGCAGUUGCAAGAAAAGAAAAGCCACUAGGGAGCCAAAGAGCGACAUAGUGGGUGCUGGCUCACAUGAGGGUAUGGAAAGGGAGCUGGUCAGAAAAGCAAAGGGCCAAAUGAACGGGGGGCCUCCAUCAGGAACACCCCAAUCUAGCACUUCCACUCCGAAGCUAUCGAGUGGCAUCAAGGAUUCAGCAACUGCCAGCUUGACUGCGCGAGUGUUGCACGAGGAAGAAACACGGAAGAAGAGACGGCAAGAGAACGAGAAUAUCAACUCUCUCUAUUCCAAGAAGAGCACCGGCACUGAGAAGAACAAAGGGGAUUUCAUGACCAGGGGUUUCUCGAUCCCGGCAAAUGCUCGCUAUGAUUGA